CCCUCUGGGUUACUUUAUUCCAGAACAUGGCUGUUAACGUGUACUCCACUUCGGUGACCAGCGAUAACUUGAGUCGACAUGAUAUGCUUGCCUGGAUCAAUGAGUCGUUAGGGUUGAACCUGACCAAGAUAGAGCAGCUUUGCUCAGGUGCUGCUUAUUGUCAGUUUAUGGACAUGCUCUUUCCUGGUUCUGUAACGCUCAAGAAAGUGAAAUUCCAAGCAAAGUUGGAACAUGAAUACAUUCAAAAUUUCAAGGUUCUACAAGCAGGUUUUAAGAGGAUGGGUGUGGAUAAAAUAAUUCCUGUGGACAAACUAGUGAAAGGAAAAUUCCAAGAUAACUUUGAAUUUGUUCAGUGGUUCAAAAAAUUCUUUGAUGCGAACUAUGAUGGGAAGGACUAUGACCCCGUGGCAGCUCGGCAAGGCCAGGAGACAGUGCCAGCACCUCCUCUGGUCGUACCCAUGCUGAAUAAACCUAAGAAAAACCUUGGUUCUGGUGGCACAGAUCACAGUUUUGUAGGCGCUUCAGAGCUGAAGGAUGCACGAGCAGACGCUACUACGUCCCUAAAUAGAACUGCUGUGAUUGCUCCGGCGAGGCCAAUGGUUGCGCAGAGGACAGCGGUGGCUAAUAAAACCGGACCGGGCAUGGUUAAAAAGGCUCCUGCAGGAAUUGGAGAGGAUGAGUCUGCUGAAUUGAUCCAGCAGAUCAAUGUGUUAAAAAUGACUGUUGAAGAUUUGGAGAAGGAAAGAGACUUCUACUUUGGGAAGCUGCGGAACAUUGAGCUGAUUUGCCAGGAGAACGAAGGCGAGAGUGACCCCGUCCUCCAAAGGAUCGUCGAGAUUCUUUAUGCCACGGAUGAAGGUUUUGUCAUACCAGAUGAAGGAGCACCUCCAGAGGAGCAAGAGGAGUAUUAAUGGUUCACCAACUGUACCAGCAGAGGAGCAGCAGCAGAGUCAGAAUUCCGAAAUCAGAAUUCUUUGCCCCAAUCAUGUGCUUAUCUGUACAAUACUCCAUUUUAUUCUUAGAGGACUCACUGGUUUCUUUUCAUAAGUAAAAAAAAGUACCUCUUCAAGUGCACUUUGCGUAAGUUUUACUACUUUCCCCCUUCCAUUGGGUUUUAUUUGAGAGCUCUUUUCUUCCUCUUGCCACAGAGCAGUAUUAACAUCUUGGUGUCAUUUGGGAGCAAGAGGUUGAAUAUGUGGAGUUUGCGAUGUUGUUUUGUUGCUGGUGAGGCACAGGUUAGUGGAGAGUUUGCUGUACGUACCUUGUUGGGGGGCGUCUGGGAAGGGAGUGUGUAGUGGAGCUAUUUCAGGUUUGACUUUUCUGCCGGAAGGAUGAGCAGAUGUGAAAUGUGUUCUGCAAUUAAAGCGAUGCCUUAAAGGGGGCUUAAAAUGUGCUUCCAGAUGCCAAAUUAGAAGUCAUGUAGUGGGAGAUGUUUCGUGCUCUGAAGCAGGGUUAGGAGCGUCUGGCUUUCUUGUUUUGGAAGGAAUUGCUUGGCCCCUCCACUCAUUGAGGGCUCUGAAGGAAGCUGUUAAAAAGCCUGAUAGCUAUGUAAGCCUGCCUGCUUGGCCAUUAGCUUUCAUAGGGGGAAAGGCCUUGUUCUCUGGGGCAAGGCCACUGCGAGUAUGACUCGCUCUCGGUCUUCUUGUACUGGGCAAAAGCAGGUACUAUCUUCCAAAGCAAUGAGGCUAUCACUUGGAAAUUCUUCACCCAAAUCACUGCUUGCAUCUCGCCACCCCCACCCCAGCCUCCUCUUGCCUUUCUCUCUUUGAUCCAUUGACUUUUGUGGGUCCUUCUGUCCUCCUCUGCACCCCUUCUUUCCCUUCCUCUCCCAAGCCUGCUAGCUAAACUCUGGUGGAUAUCUGCUGGUUUGUUUGUUCACAGCGCUACCCUGGGAGUCCAGCCCUCGUCUCCAGGCUGUGUCCCCAUUGUGUGUCCUUCUAGAGUUAGCCUUCCACACUUAGCCUUUGCCGGUGCUCUUUGACCUGUGAAUGACAUGGAUCGGUAUGCCAAGGUUGCAGAAGAUGCCCUUGCUCCUAUGGAUUUUGGUUAUGACAGUAUUCCAUGCUUGACCCUCUCCCUCUUGUGGGGAGCCAACCCCUCACUUCCCCCCCCAUCUGAUUGCUGCUCUUUGGGAGGGCCUCCCCGAGAUGCUGCCCACAGCCACAGCGACGAUUAAGCCUCUGAGAUUGGUGUGCUCUUGUUUGUUUGCUUCCGGUGGUUAUGUGUCCUUAGUGUGUGUAGAAAGCAAAGCAUUUUAUGGUUACUGUUGUGUAGUGCAUGAAUCCCUAUGAAAGUUCAGAGGAAGACCCACGUUUCGACAAACGCCAAAAAAAGCAAGCCAUUAUUUAAAACAUCAGAGGUGCUAUUUCUCUUGUGGCCUUCUACAGCCUUGUUGCCCUAAACCAUAUUUCACCCAGACUCCUCUUGACAGGGUUUUUUUCUACUUUUAAACAGUUUCUAAAUAAAGUUCUGUUAUUUCAAGAUUC